AUGGAUGGUCCCUCAACCUCGCGCGCCUUCCCCCUCCCAUUAAUCAGCGAGGACACGCUGCAUUACGUCCUCCACCCAGCUUCCGCAUCUUCCGAGGCCGACCUCGCUGCCCUGGCAACCCUCAUCUCCACGCGGGUCGCGAGCCUCCUUCCCAAACCCUGGCUGUGGAACAAGGACCCAUGGGAACUCAAGGCGGUCCCCAGCGAAGGGAAACUCGAGGGCCUUAUGCGUGUCGGCGAUGCAGUCGAUGACGAGUGGCUCGUCGUCUGGCUAUUGCGCGAGGUGUCGCGAACAUGGCCGGAACUCGUCGUGUCCAUCCGGGAUAGCGAUGGCGAGUUCCUGCUUAUUGAGGCGGCGAAUGUUCUGCCGGGGUGGGUGACGCCCGAGAACGCCGAGAACAGGCUAUGGCUGUGCGCGGGACACCUCAACCUCCUUCCGCUUAGCGUGGUGUCGUCCUCACGCCCACAUCAGAUCGCGGAUGAUCAAUACGACGAUAGUGGGCGCGCGAUCGACGCUGAUGCAUGGAUUAACCAGGCUGAUGCCGUGGCGGCUGUGCGGACUGGCAAGUAUCGGGCACCGGAGAUCGAGGCCGCUGUGUGGGAGAGGAUUGCUUGCUAUCCCGAAGCGCUGAAGACCCACCAGCACCGUACCAACGCGUACCUCCCCGUGCCCAUCGCCCGGGCACUCCACUCGGACCCGGAGCUCAUCCAGCGCGCCGUCGAGGGCUUCUACGUGCGCGACCCGGCACAACUGAGGGCUGCCUCGCGGAUGACACAUUUCCCACCGUCUCCGGCCAUGCUGUCUUCUGUGCUCAUGACCCGCGCUGCGUACGCUCAGCUACAAGGUCAGGUGUUCCACCCUCCGCGAGUAUUCGGGCCAGAGUGGCAUGUACGCGAAGACCAGGGACCUGAUGAGCGCCGCUGGCGCGACCUCGGCGUCAAGAUGGCCACGGGGUUCGAGAUCAUGUACCGCGAGGGCGGGCGGAAGGGGCGGACGGCAGACACGACGGCUUCCCCCGAGGGCCUGAAGGAUGAGCCAGGGUAUGCGAGGUACAUUGACGACCUGCAGCGUGCAGGGUACUUUGGCGAGGAAGUACGAGGGAGCGCGCGAUGGAAGGAGCGCGAGGUUGAGGCAGCCAAGGGCUGGGUCGCAGUCUGGUCGGAAGACACGACUCAGCAGCGGCCGUCGUUUGCGUACCUUGUCGACAAAGCCAUCGAUGCGACCAAGCCUGAGGACAUCUCUCCGCCCGCGGACGAAGACAGCGAGGCGUGGCUCGAGGUCGAUCCUGCGGAGCUCGACGCGAUGCUGAACCGCGCGGCAGGUCGACAGGCGCCUAGUGGCGACAUGGAGAUUGGCGAAGAGCAUGGGCGAGCACUCAAGAACCUUGCAGGCCAGCUCGAGGCAUUCGUUGGUGGCGAGGGCGACCUGGAGGGAGCACGGUUCGCCGACGAGCUGAGCGACGAGGACAUGGACUCUGACUCGGAAGAAGAGGAGGCCGCACCAACGGCAGAAGAGCGUGAGGAGCGCAUGCGCAACCUCGUUCCCGCGUUGCCUGAGGGCGAGUGGGGCGCGCGUGGCGCAGACGGCAAGGCGACUGCCGAGGCGGAAGAUGACGAUGUCGAGAUGGCGCCACCCCCAGCAAAGGGCACUGUGGCAGGCACGGCGUUUGGCGACUCGCUCCUCCCGCCCCAGAUGCGCGCACCUCGCUUCGAGGCGGUACACUAUGAUGGCGUUGAGAGUGACAGCUCUGACGAAGAAGACCUCCCGCCGCAGGGCACGCUUGGGCGCCACAUCUCGGAGAUGAAGUGGGGCGACGCGCCACGGAAGGAGGCGAUGAUCGAGGAGAUCGACGACGACGACAACGAUGGGGAUGAGGAGGACCGCAAGGAUCGGGAGCGGAAAAAAGCGCUCACAUUCGACGAUGACAUUGACGAGCAGAUGCGUCGGCGAGUGUGGGGCGGCGACGACGAGGAGGAUGAGGAGGACGAGAUGGAGGAUAUCAAGGAGGGCCAGCGCAGGACAGAGGACCGCGACGGGCCGGACGAGGACGAGUUCCUGCGCUUUGCGCGCGACGCGCUCGGGAUCGACGCCGACGCGUGGGACAACAUCCUGGCACAGCGGCGGGCACGGGGAGCGUUCGUCCCCGGAUCAGCUGCUCUGCGUCCAUCGGCUACCAAAUCCAAGUCUGCGGAUGCGGCCCCAAAACCCGACCCGUCGCUCAACUCGUUUGAGAGCAUGAUGGCGGCGAUGGAUAACGAGCUGGCUCGACAUCACGCUGCAGAGGAGGUUCCGACACUGGGUGGACCGGUGUUUACGAAGCCUGCGGGCGCUGGGGCUGCGUUGAAGAAGAAGAAGAAGGGCAAGGGCAAGAGCAAGGGCAAGGGCAAGAUGCCGACAGUGUCGUUUGCCGACGAGGACGAGCCUGGGCCAGACGAGGGGCGUUAUAAGAAUAUCGCAUCGCUCCCACGGCCAGACGAGAUCGACGACAUGUCAGACGACGCGCUCGCGGCCAUGGACGCAGAGUUGCGCGCUGCGCUCAAGGAGAGCGGCGCAGACGACGAGCCUGAGGGCAUGGACGAUGACGCGCGCCGCGAGUACGGCAUGGUGCGCGAUCUGCUGGAGAGUUAUGCGGCGCAGGGUGGACAGGCGGGAGUUGUGGGCAACCUGGUGGGCCGGUUGGGGGAAGCUGCAAAGGUACAGGAGGGGAAGAAAAAGUGA